GGUAGCUUUCUCGGAGGAGAUCGGGUGCGCCUGCGCACUUGCAAGAUCGCGCGGCUGCUGGAGCUUUGCGAUGAAGCGUGUUUUCUCACUGGUAGAAAAGAGUUGGCUUGGCACACCAAUACAGUUUACGUGGCAGAAAACAUCAGGAAACUACCUUGCAGCAACAGGAGCUGACCAUACUGUGAAAAUAUUUGAUCGCCAUGGUCAAAAAAGAAGCAAAAUUAAUUUACCUGGUAACUGUGUUGCUAUGGAUUGGGAUAAAGAUGGAGAUAUCCUAGCAGUGAUUGCUGAGACCUCCAGUUGCAUUUAUCUAUGGGAUGCCAACAAAAAUAAAACCAGCCAGCUAGACAGUGGCAUGAGGGAUCAAAUGUCUUACCUUCUUUGGUCAAAAGUUGGAAGUUUCCUGGCUGUUGGAACUGUUAAAGGAAAUUUGCUGAUUUAUAACCAUCAGACAUCUCGAAAGAUUCCUGUCCUUGGAAAACAUACUAAAAGAAUCACAUGUGGCUGUUGGAAUGCAGACAAUCUGCUUGCUUUAGGUGGUGAAGAUAAAUUGAUUACAGUUAGUAAUCAGGAAGGUGACACAUUAAGACAGACCUCACUGCGAUCAGAGCCGAGCAACAUGCAGUUUUCCACGAUGAAGAUCGAUGAGCGAACUGCACCUACUGAAAACACAUUAAGUGUGGUCGUUGGUAAGAAAGCUUUGCUUCUUUUUAAUCUGAAUGACCCAGAUAACCCAGUUGAUCUAGAAUUUCAGCAGCGCUACGGCACCAUUGUCUGCUAUAGCUGGUAUGGCAACGGCUACAUCAUGAUUGGUUUUUCACGUGGUGUUUUUGUGGUGGUUUCCACUCAUGUUCGAGAGCUUGGGGACGAGAUCAUUCAGACUUGUGAUCAUAAAGAUAGUCUAACUAGUAUUGCAAUAUCACAGACCAUUAAUAAAGCCGCUACCUGUGGUGAUAGCUGCAUUAAAAUUCAUGAUUUGUCAGAACUAAAAGACAUGUAUGCUAUAAUUAACCUGGAUGAGGAAAAUAAAGGGUUGGACACCUUGUCCUGGACGGAUGAUGGCCAGUUGCUGGCCGUGUCUACCCAGAGGGGCUCACUCCAUGUUUUCCUGACCAAACUCCCCAUCCUCGGGGACACCUGCAGCACAAGGAUUGCAUGCCUCACCUCCCUGCUUGAGGUCACAGUGGUCAACUCUGUUGAAGGAGAGCCACCAAUCACAAUUUCUGUUGACGUGGAACCCAGCUUCAUAGCGGUCGGUCUCUACCAUCUGGCUGUGGGGAUGAACAACCGAGCUUGGUUUUAUGUCCUCGGAGAGAAUGCCAUUAAGAAGCUGAAAGAUGUGGAGUACCUGGGGACAGUAGCUCGUGUUUGCCUCCAUUCCGACUAUGCCGCGGCCCUUUUUGAAGGCAGAGUCCAGUUACAUUUGAUAGAAAGUGAAAUGUUGGAUGCUCAGGAAGAACGCGAGACGCGACUUUUCCCACCGGUGGAUGAGAAGUGCCGCAUUUUGUGUCACGCACUGACUGGUGACUUCCUCAUCUAUGGGACAGAUACUGGUGUUAUUCAGUAUUUCUACAUUGAAGAUUGGCAAUUUGUUAAUGAGUAUCGACAUCUUGUUGGUGUGAAAAAGAUUUUUCCUGACCCAAAUGGAACCAGAUUAGUUUUCAUUGAUGAAAAAAGUGAAGGAUUUGUCUACUGUCCAGUCAAUGAUGCCACCUAUGAGAUUCCAGAUUUUUCACCAACCAUUAAAGGAGUUCUCUGGGAAAACUGGCCAAUGGAUAAAGGAGUAUUUAUUGCUUAUGAUGACGAUAAGGUGUACACUUACGUCUUUCACAAGGACACAAUACAAGGCUCCAAGGUUAUUUUGGCUGGCGGCACCAAAGUCCCCUUCUCUCAUAAACCUUUGCUGUUGUAUAAUGGGGAAUUGACCUGUCAGACGCAGAGUGGAAAGAUAAACACCAUCUAUCUCUGCACCCAUGACUUCCUUGACAAUGUAAAGGAUGUGGGGCCUAGUGACCGGAAACAAAUGCUGAUACAGACUUUAAUGCUGAAAAGGUUCGCUGAUGCGUGGGAAAUGUGCCGGGUUCUGAAUGACCAAGACUCCUGGGAUGAACUGGCCAAAAUUUGUCUCCAUCACAUGGAAGUAGAGUAUGCGAUCCACGUCUAUAGGACAAUAGGAAAUGUGGCCAUGGUCAUGUCUCUAGAGCAAAUAAAGGGCAUAGAGGACUACAGCCUUUUGGCAGGGCAUCUGGCCAUGUUCAUGAAUGAUUUCAACCUGGCUCAGGACCUGUACCUCGCGUCCACCUGUCCCAUUGCUGCCCUGGAGAUGAGAAGAGAUUUACAGCACUGGGACAGUGCUCUACAACUGGCAAAGCGUUUAGCCCCAGACCAAAUGCCAUUUAUAUCAAAAGAAUACGCUAUUCAGCUGGAGUUCACGGGUGAUUAUGUGAAUGCUCUGGCUCAUUAUGAGAAAGGGAUAACAGGUGAUAAUAAGGAACAUGAUGAAGUAUGUCUGGCUGGCGUGGCCCAGAUGUCCAUAAGAAUGGGAGACAUACGCCGAGGGGUUAACCAAGCCCUCAAGCAUCCCAGCAGAGUCCUCAAAAGAGACUGUGGAGCCAUUUUGGAGAAUAUGAAACAAUUUUCAGAAGCAGCCCAACUGUAUGAAAAGGGCCUCUACUAUGACAAAGCAGCAUCUGUUUAUAUCCGAUGUAAGAACUGGGUAAAAGUUGGUGAGCUGUUGCCGCAUGUUUCCUCUCCAAAGAUUCACUUGCAGUACGCCAAAGCGAAAGAAGCAGAUGGAAGAUACAAAGAAGCUGUCGUGGCUUACGAGAACGCAAAGCAGUGGAAUAGUGUUAUCCGCAUCUACCUGGAUCAUCUCAAUAAUCCUGAGAAGGCUGUCAGCAUUGUCAGAGAGACCCAGUCUCUGGAUGGAGCCAAAAUGGUAGCCAGGUUCUUUCUACAGCUAGGUGACUAUGGGUCCGCCAUCCAGUUUCUGGUCAUGUCUAAGUGUUACAUUGAAGCCUUCACACUGGCUCAGCAACACAACAAAAUGGAAAUCUAUGCAGACAUUAUUGGUUCUGAAGAUACUGCUAAUGAAGAUUAUCAGAGCAUCGCUUUGUAUUUUGAAGGAGAAAAGAAACAUUUUCAGGCUGGAAAGUUCUUCUUGCUCUGUGGCCAGUAUUCACGAGCACUAAAGCAUUUCCUGAAAUGUCCAAACUCAGAAGACAGUAUAGCAAUAGAAAUGGCCAUUGAAACUGUUGGUCAGGCCAAAGAUGAACUGCUGACCAGUCAACUGAUAGACCACCUCAUGGGUGAGAGUGACGGCAUGCCCAAGGAUGCCAAAUACCUGUUCCGUCUGUACAUGGCCCUGAAACAGUACCGAGAAGCGGCCCGGACUGCCAUCAUCAUCGCCAGGGAAGAGCAGUCUGCAGGAAACUAUCGGAAUGCACACGAUGUCCUCUUCAGUAUGUAUGCCGAACUCAGAUCUCAGAAGAUCAAGAUUCCCUCCGAGAUGGCCACAAACCUCAUGAUUCUGCACAGUUACAGACUCGUAAAGAUUCAUGUUAAAAAUGGAGACCACAUGAAAGGGGCACGCAUGCUUAUUCGGGUCGCCAACAACAUUAGCAAAUUUCCAUCACAUGUUGUGCCAAUUCUGACAUCUACAGUGAUCGAGUGUCACCGAGCAGGCCUGAAGAACUCCGCUUUCGUCUUUGCAGCUAUGUUGAUGAGGCCUGAGCACCGCAGCAAAAUAGAUACCAAGUAUAAAAAGAAGAUUGAGGCAAUGGUCAGGAGACCUGAUACAUCUGAAACAGAAGAGGCCACAACCCCAUGUCCAUUCUGUGAAUUUCUACUCCCGGAGUGUGGACUCCUUUGUCCUGGAUGUAAAAAUAACAUCCCAUAUUGUAUCGCGACAGGCCGACACAUGUUGAAAAAUGACUGGACCGUGUGUCCACAUUGUGACUUUCCUGCACUGUUCUCGGAAUUUAAGAUUAUGUUAAACACUGAGAGCACAUGUCCUAUGUGUUCAGAAAGAUUGAAGCCUGCUCAACUGAAAAAAAUCACAGACUGUACCCCCUACUUACGAACAGAAGUGGAGCAAUGAGCCUGCUGCUCAGAUAUAGAAAGUGCUUGACAAGAUAAUAUUUUUCCAGCGAAAGCUGUUUCUAUCCUGGUGGACUUAUAGAUGUCUCCUUCCCAGAUAAAGUAAAAGGUGACAUCUCCAGGUUACCACUGUUACCUUCUGUAGAGUGGGAAAACCAUGAAAUAACAUUGCUAUUCAUUGUAUUUUGUAUAUUUCCUACUCAGAAUCUUAUAUAUUCUGCACUGUAUUAGUUACCUACGACAUAACUGUAAAUAUUCAAAAUUUUGAUAACUUUUAUAUUUUGAAAUAUCUCCUUUAAAAUAAAACUGUUGGAUACUUGGAUUAACAGCAGACAGUUUUCACAAAUCAAGGCUGUUUAACAGAAUCACUUCUAAAAUAAAUCAACAUUUGAAAGGA